AGGACACAGAGCUGCGCUGAGGACUGAACAAGACGGACAGCAGGGAUCAGAUCGCGAACUUCAGAAGACUGGCCCCUUCCAACUUCAAAUCAUCACCUCCUUCAGCUGCACCUGAACAGAUCAGGAGGACUUCAAGACUUCAACAUGGGAAGUGACUUUUUCCAUCCACCAGGUCCAAGGAAUAGUAUUUUUUUCAGCUUCUUGGAUUAAACAGCUCUAAACUCUUUCUCCUCUCUGCAUCUUUAUUUUAACAUUUUUUAACAGUCUGUGUUUUCAUCUUUUACCAUUUGUAAUCCUUCUAACCUGCAGACCUUUUAACCUUUCUGAUCAUGGACCUUACAGGUUCUUUGCCUCCACCCUCACCCUACACCUUAACUAUUCUCCCCAAUAUCUCAGUGCCUUCCUCCUCUCCCUCCAUCUCUCCAUCCCCCAGCCUGGCGUCCACCGCUUUAUUCUGCUGCCUCCUCUCGCUCCUCUCCCUGCUGGGCAUCACCGGAAACCUUUACACUUUGGGCCUCCUUCUGAGGCGCAGCAGAAGUAGGAGAAGACGUGGAGCUGGACCGUCCUGCUGCCUAACAAGAAUACCAUUGCCAUCCUGCCUUGCCAACUCUACCUCCCCCUCCUCUUCCCCUACCUCCUCUCCAUCCUCCUCCUCUCUUCACCUCCAGGUGCUGAGCCUUGCUCUUGCCGACCUGCUCUACCUUUUCACUGCUCCCUUCAUUGUGUACGACAGCUUGGCGUCUGGAUGGACCUUUGGAGAGCUGGGUUGCCGUCUCCUUCUGAGCCUGGACCUCCUCACCAUGCACGCCUCCAUCUUUACGCUCACUGCCAUGAGCAUGGACCGUUACCGGGCUGUCGCCCACCCUUUACGCACGUCCUCCACGAACUCCUCCAGCCUGCUGCGGGUAGGCCUGGCGUGGGGGCUGGCCGUGGCUCUCAGCUUGCCGAUGAUGAUCACUCUGCACCUUGAGGACGGGGAGAACAAUGAGGGCCAGCUGUGUGUCCCGGCGUGGGACGAGCAGAGCUCCAAGGCUUAUCUGAGUGUGCUGUUCUGCACAAGCAUUCUCGGUCCCGGGCUGGCCAUCGGAGCACUUUACGCCACCCUCGGCCGGCUUUACUGGGUGUCCCAGACCCGGCCAGCCUGGGCCAGUGGGAAUACUACUUGUACCCCUCGUGCACCUAAACCCAAAGUUCUGCUCCUCAUCCUAGGUAUUGUCAUUGCUUUUUGGGCCUGCUUCCUCCCUUUCUGGGUCUGGCAGCUGCUACCUCUCUACCAGCCCGACAUGCUGCGGACGGUACCGGUGGGGACACAGGUGACAGUGAAUCGUAUCCUCACGGGGCUGACUUACGGAAACUCCUGUGUGAAUCCCUUCUUUUACACACUAUUGACUGGAAAACGAAAACGUAAUCAGCAGGUGCUUACAUCAGCAAAUCAGCUCUGCCGCAAGAGCAGCCCACUGCAGUAGUAUCUAUUAAUCUCCAACGGUAGACGAUAAUACAAGUGUGCACAUGGAAGUGCUUUAAACACUAUACGCACACAUGUGGGAAGGUGCAGAAAUGCAUUAUGAUUUCCACAACAGCCACCAAAGAUGACAGACUUGUCCUUUAAACUGUGCAUUAAAUAUUAAAGAAUAUAAAAUAAGUGACAGCACUUUGUAUAAAUUUUUUGUGAAAGGACAACAUUUCUUGUCAGGAGAUUAAGAGUCAAAUAUAUUAGAUAUAUAGAGAGUUUUACCAGCAUAUAAUGACAAUCUUGGUAAGAUAUAUUACUUAAUGUUAUUUCUACAAAACAUUCAAAAAAUUGGAUGAAUUAAAUUAAACAAUGCAAUAGCAACAAAGUUUACAUCCUGAUGAUUUGGUUUUAAAGCAUUUUGUAACAUUGUUUAUUGUAAUAAUGGCUAAGUUACACAAAUGGUUUCUAUAGAAAUAACAAUUGUAAAGUUGUUUAACUCAAGGAUUCAGGAUGGUUAUUUAGUCAAAGGACUACGGUUAUAUCAAGACAGCAGAUCUUAUGCCAUAUGUUGCGCAUGCACAUUUCCAGUGAAAGCCUGAUGCACCUCUGUUUGUUUUCAGAGAACGUUCAAAGAAAAUGUUUGUUUUUGAACAACUGGUUGUGUCUGGCCAGGACCUCGAUGGGACAUCUUUCUGAGACAAUGUUUGUUGACAUAAUGAAUUAUGUUUAAGUGGGUCCAGAGGAUUUUGUUUUCCUCUGCUGAACCCUGACAUAUCUUAGAAAAAAAAAAGUAUUUGCUAUAAUCUUGACCUGCAUGUUGGGUUUAAAAAUGUACUUAUUGUUCAGAAUCAUGCAAUGCUUUGCAUGGCUUUUACUGGUGUUGACUGUAACUGAGUUUUAUAAUAUUGCAGAGUAUG